AAUCAGUGCCUCGAUUCACAGAUCUCCACCAAUCAGAGCGCGAAAUUUCGCUGUUCCGCUUUCCCUGAAAUUCUUUGCUGAUCCGACUUGAGACUGAGAGAAUUCAAGAUGGCUGUCUCAGGCUCCAGAUGAGGGCUUCUUCCUGUUUUGCCCUGGUGUGUAACUCUUUCUUGCGGCCGACUGAGGGUCAGUGCUGCCAGUCCCUGACUGCCCCUUUGGAGACACCAUGUCCAACACCUCCUCCUGUUCCUCCUCGGGGGAAACCAGCCCAGAUGACACACCCCGAGGUGGGGGCACCAUUCGUGUCUACCUCCCCAACAAGCAGCGGACGGUGGUAAAUGUUCGGCCUGGGCAAACUGUCCAUGAUAGUCUAGAUAAAGCUCUAAAAGUCAGAGGCCUCAGCCAAGAUUGCUGUGCUGUCUUUCGCCUUCUUGAAGGCCGGAAGAGACUUACAGAAUGGGACACUGACAUCACACCCCUCGUAGGGGAAGAGCUUCUGGUCGAAGUGCUGGAUGAUGUUCCUCUUACCAUGCACAACUUCGUAUGUAAAACAUUCUUUAAAUUAGCUUACUGUGACUUCUGCCACAAGUUCUUGUUCAACGGCUUCAGGUGUCAGACGUGUGGGUAUAAAUUUCAUCAGCACUGCAGCAGUAAAGUCCCAACAGUAUGUGUGGAUAUGGACACUGUGACAAAACGGUGUGUUUCUAAUACAGAAUACUGCCCUUCGAUAUUGAUACAUCCGGCAGCCAAUUCCAUAUCAGAUUCUCCUAGAGGGGAAAUACUGCCUUCCACACCAAGCUACCAAUUGUUCAUGGCAGAGGACGGUCAGUCUCUCCAGAGGCAUCGCUCCACCUCAACGCCCAACGUCCACAUGGUCAGCACGCUGGAGCCUGGCGCUGCUGGCUUCAUGGAGGAGGCAUUCAAACUCUUCACAAUGGGGCAAGAGUCCUCUCCCAAGCCUUCCACUAGCCCACCCCACCUAGGGUCACCAGGAAGAAGACCCCCCAAAUCCCCUUCUGAGCCCAAGGAACGAAAGCAAUCCUCAUCUGAUGAUAAAAAGAAAGUGCACCGGGGAGGUUACAGAGACUCCAGUUACUACUGGGAGGUGCACCCGCGGGAGGUGUCCAUGUUAAAGAGGAUUGGAGCAGGGUCUUUUGGGACUGUCUUUAAAGGCAAGUGGCAUGGAGACGUGGCUAUCAAGAUUCUUAAAGUGACAGAGCCCACACCGGAGCAGCUCCAGGCCUUUAAAAAUGAGAUGCAGGUUUUACGAAAAACACGCCAUGUCAACAUUCUGCUGUUCAUGGGCUUCAUGACGAAGCCUAAUUUUGCCAUUAUCACGCAGUGGUGUGAAGGGAGCAGCCUAUACCGCCACCUGCAUGUUACUGAGACCAAGUUUGACACGAUGCGCCGUAUUGAUGUUGCUCGCCAGACUGCACAGGGCAUGGAUUAUCUUCAUGCCAAGAAUAUCAUUCAUCGGGACUUGAAAUCUAAUAAUAUCUUCCUGCACGAAGGCUGGACGGUAAAGAUCGGUGACUUUGGGCUGGCCACGGUAAAGUCUCGCUGGAGUGGCUCUCAGCAGGUUGAACAACCCAGUGGCUCCAUCCUGUGGAUGGCUCCAGAGGUGAUCAGAAUGCAAGACACUAACCCAUACACCUUCCAGUCAGAUGUAUAUGGAUAUGGAGUGGUGCUCUAUGAACUGAUGUCUGGGACUUUGCCUUAUUCGAAUAUCAACAACCGCGAUCAGAUUAUUUUCAUGGUGGGUCGUGGGUACUUGUCUCCAGACCUCAGUAAAUUAUGCAGUAACUGCCCUAAAUCAAUGAAGAGGCUCAUCGUGGACUGUCUGAAAUUCAAACGUGAUGAACGGCCACUCUUCCCACAGAUCUUGGUGGGCAUUGAGCAGGUCCAGGAUCUGUUGCCAAAAAUCGAGCGGAGUGCCUCUGAGCCCUCUCUACACCGUGCUGUACACGCAGAGGACCUAAACCCGCUUCUUCUUCACACCACACGCUUCAUGCCUCUGUGAGACUGCCAGAGACGAUCCGCUCCUCUCCCAAAAUGCCAUGCAGCAUCAUUCCCAGCAUGGAAUUCAGAGUUCCUCUCAUUAUUCCACACAUUACUGAGAGCACCCUAAUUACUUCACUGGUCCCACAUAUAGUCAAACACACACAUCAUCACAUUUAUCUACUCGUUCACGUUCUCGCCCUCCUCUUUUCUGUUCCAGCUGCUUCUCUGUAAAGCUGCCUGUAGAGAAUGUCAGAUUCUAUCUGGACCAGCUGCUUUCUAAAACAGAAGCAGGAAAUAAACUGUGCUCUCUUAGUAUACUUAUUGGAUUUUGAAAUCCAGGCAUCAUAUCAACAAUGUAUCGGCACAAUCUUAUUAACCUCCUUUUUUGAGGUAUACUUCAAAAUGUGUUAUGGUUGCUUACACGUUACCUUUUUUACUUUGAGAUGAAAGUAGCAUUUUACUUUAGAACAAGCAAACUAGCAUGGAGAUUUUCUUUUGUUUCGUCUCCCUGUUCUCUUUGCUUGAACUUCAUUGGCCAACAAUAGCACAAUGCGAUGACUUCUAUUUAUCUUCAUUAGUCACAGAGACUCUGCUCACAGAUUGGUUUGCAGUCAGUUGCUUGUUCAUAAAAACGAUCAUACGCCCCAUUGCAGUUGUUUUGGUGUAUUUUUAAUUCCGUUAUUUUUCAAACAGAACAUAUUGCUUCAACCCUUAACUGGUGUCAGGAUUUGGUUGGAUUUACAUGUGACUUGUUGUGCCCUUAAUAAUUGUGUCGUGCAUUUCAAAAAACGCCUCUGAUUUGGCUCUACCUUUGGGCUUCCUCUGUAUGUUGGUCAGCUUUAAAUUGUGUAUCUUAAUGAAAUUUCAAGAAAAUGGCAUACAUCCUGUUGGUAUUCUCAAAGUAGUUGUGCACUUCCUGAAUUGAUGGGGAAGGAAGGAUUUACGUUUUUCUUUUGUUGAAAUGAGUACAUUUGCUUUCUCGAAUUUAUAAAUGAAUGAUUUUUCAUUUUUAAAAUGUUGCGUCUUAAAACUGAGUAAAAAUUCAUAAACUAAACUUAAAUGGCACAUGAUGACCAUAAGCAAGACUGGUAAUUUAGUAUUGUGGUGCUGUUAACCGGUCGCCUUUGCCCUUGCUGUUGGGACGUUUGUACAGUAGCUCACACUUCAGAGAUACUGAAGAGAUUUUGUUCACAGCUCUAUAUUCAGUGUUGAGUAAUAGUUUUGGAGGGUGUUGAUUUUGUCAUUUGGUGAAGUGUCAUUUUUAAGUGUCUGAAAACAUUGUCCAUAAAUGGUCUUAUAUUUCACAGUCACUCAGCCAGCUUUAAAAUAUAGGCUGCUAACUUUAGACCCGCUGCUGGUCCCUGGUUAAUCGACUAGUUUUAGUGUUGAGUGAGAUGAUCAAACUUGAGAUGCAUUUUCGCUUCUGCAAUUCUCUUAGGGUUCUAAUAAGUGCAGGAAGGACAAAAUCUUCUUUAAGAUCAAAUUCGUGGCAGCAUGGGGUGAGAGAGUGCUUCUGGAUUCCGUAUUUUUCUGUCAGGUGGUUCAUUGUAUUCCAUAAACUCAAAAAGCAAGUCUUUGCAAAACAGUUGUGCUGUUUAAUAGCAAUAUUAAAGUUCCUUUCCUCCCAUUCAGCUGGUUUCAAUAGGACUGACUGAAACCUACAAUGAUGGGGCCUUAUGUGAUCUACAUCUUCCAUCUGUCCUUUUAAUGGAGUCUUAAUAUAUCUAACUUAUUGAUUCAUAACUGACACUCGUACUAAAGGCAGAGCUUUGGUUCUUAUUUAGCAAUAUUCAAAUGGGGCUGGGUCCCCUGUUGAGCUGUACUCAUUCCAAAUAUGAUGCCUAUAGAAAUUCACAAGGCGAAUCUGUGUCUUUUGUUCACGAAAGAUGGUUUCACGUUCCCUCAGUGACUUUUAGAAAUGAAUAUGUUGUAGUUUCGGACAAACCUGGCUGUCUUUUUAUAUAUCUGUUUAAUUACACACUUCCUCUGUUAUUAGCAGAGCUGAAGUGCUUCUGGACUCUUGUAGAAUGAUGAUGUGGUACUGCAAGUGUAGAAUUUUCCUAACAGACCAGUGGUAAUAAUAUUGUUCAGUACAAAAUGAGGUAAUUGAGUUAUCGAGCAUUUGUAGAUGGCAGUAUAUGCUUUUCUCUGUUCGUAACGGUUGAGAAGCAAGACUAUUGGUUUAUUCUUGUAUAGAUUUGGAUGCACAGCUAGUUCUAGUUCUUCUAGUUCUAGACUCUGGUUUAGGAACUGUUUUUUCCACCAAAUUCCAGCCAUACUUGUUGUAUGAGAAACCAUAACUGGUCCUAGAUCAUUAGCACAGUAACUACUUCUGCCAACUUUGGAUAGUUGCAGCAUUGCCUUAAUGGCUUUAAUGUCCCUCUUGAUACAUGUGGGACAAAUACUUUUUUCCCUUGUAUCUUUGUAAGCACCUCAUUUGUUCAAAGCACACUUCUAUAGUUUCCAUUAAGCCCAAAAUAUGAUAAUCAGUAUAUGAGAUUCAGUUUCUGCUUUGGCACAAGGGCACGAAAGCAAAAGGGUGAAACUUGAGAUCGGUAUACAACCCACCAUUUUUCAGAACAGAAAAUAUAACGAAAAAUCAGUUUUGUUUAAAAGGAUUAGUUUUGCAUAUUUUAGGUGAAUUGCAAUAAUGUGUGUAUAGAUGAUGAUAGAUGAUAGGGGUGUUUGCGAAUAAUGGUGUAUUCUGCCGUGUACAGUUACUUUUUUAAAAGAAAAGAUUACUUUAAAUUGUAUUUGUUUAUUUUUUUUUGUGUGUGUGAUGGUUCGGAAAGAACAAAAUAAUUUUAAAACAUGUAAAGGAAAUCUUAGUAUUUUUUAGUUUUGUUUUUUUUGGGGGGGUGGGGGGUCUUAAAUAUUGUGGAGACAGGAUUUUGUUCUAAAAAAUAAAAGUUUAAUUCUGAUGUUUAGUUUCAUGAAGUGUUUUCAUUGCUGUUGACCACAACAUAUUUCAUCUUUCAUGAACUUUAAAUGCAAUUUCAUAACCGAAAACAUAUUUUCAAGCCACGCCUCAUGACUGUAACACUUGUUACUGGAAGAAGUGUUGGUUUGCCAUUUGGUGGCACUUCCUCUAUCUAUCAACCACAGGCAAAGUGCUUGCAUUUGCCUUAAUGUUUCAAAAAGCAGAGAAAACACUUUUAUUCUGUUUUAGUUUAAUUCACAUUAUUUUUGCAGAGAAAAGAGGAAAGAAUAUUAUAACAACAUUAUGCAUUACAAAUAGUUUAAUUAUGUAAGCAUGUCUGGUUUCCACCCUGUGCAUAUAAUCACAUGGUUUAGUCAUUGCCACAGAUGGUCAGAAAGGGAAGUGAUCAGAAAUAAAUGCUGUGCAUUGUUUAACUAUAGUCUGUGUUAGUUACAGAAACAUUAGGUCAAACUCAGCAUUAAUUAUAUGACAUGAAAGAUAAUCAGUGCCUAUAUACAGUGUAUGGCUUUACGUCUUUGUGUAAAGAUGAAUCAUCAUGGAAAAUCUCUCUUACACUCUCUUUACAACUUUACAUUCAGAUGAAAUUGGGUGAAUUCAUUGUCUAAAAUGCCCUAGAAAUUUUCCUGUUAAGCUGUAAUGGCCAAAGGACAGGCUAAAUAAUACUGCUUGUUGUUAUUUUUUAGAACCAGUUGUGGUUUUAUUGCUUUAAUAACUGUUAAUCAUUCAUGCAAAAUAUGAUGAUGAUAAUUCGGUUACAGUAAUUAUGGGUGUGUAUCACUGUUUCUUAGUGGAGGACAAAUACCAUACACAUACUAUAGAACCAAGCAUCCGUGUAAGAACUGCGAGCCAUCUUGUCUUUUACUGGCUGUCUUUGGGUAUUUGUGGGAAGAUAGUUAUUUAGAACACAAACUGUGAAGGAUGGAUGUAUUUCUUCUACGGAAAUGUUUUUGAUCAUUUAUAUCCUAAACCACUUCGACUUAUGUGGCAGAACAGGGUCAUGGUGAAACACAUACCCAAGACCUACGAAAGGAGAGAUGAUGUUUAGUCAAGAUACAAAAAUACUUGCAAUUAUCAUAUUAUACCAGUUUAGUGUUGAUCUGCAUCAGCUAUAAAACUAUAGGUGCUAAACAAAAUAUAAAUGCUAUAUUUAAAUGCUAUGUCCUAUAAAUGAUAAUCAUUUAAUAAUUUUAAAAACUGGGGGUUCUAGUACAAUUCAUUUUGAUUAGCUGAGGUAACUACGACAAGACAUAAAGCCUCAUGUGGAAACUCAAACCUCAAUAAUGCAGAUAACAAUGACGCUAAUCCCUGUGUUCAAGAGGUUUUUCUCAAACGUGUCCUUCAGCUUUGUGAAACAACCCUAAAUACAACAAUCAAGACAAAACAUAUGAUUUAAGAUUAAAUCAGCUGUACACAUGUGCAUAUUUGAUGUGUAUAUUCACAUCUGGUUUAUCGGUUUCAUUAAUGUUGUUUUGCUAUAUAGCUUAUAAAGAGAUGGAUGUAAGUGCAGAAUUACAUGUGGCCAAUAUUUCUGGGUUGCUUUGUCGAUGCAUGACUCCGGUACAGGUGUCCCCCAUUGUGUAUGGUUAGUAAUUCCACAGCAAUGAAACUGUUGGUUUAUAAGAAAAACUGUAAUUGAUUUGUUAAAAAUGAUUUAUUAUGAAGAAAAUGAGUGAUAUAUGGUAAGCAAUAGUAAUGGUUUCUUAAGCACCACUAAUAAAAGAGAAACAUCAUCUAAAUGGGCACUUACUGUUGUUUGUACUUUGUCCCAAUCAUCUUCAAUUGUGUUAUUGUGCAGUUGUCUGUUGUUUCUGGAAUUUUGUAAACCUUUCUUAAGAUCGUCAUCAAUGAAGGUGUCAAUCUGUGAGUAAACAAGCAGUCUGAAGAACUUUUUCCUCACAUAUGAUCUGCUUCCAUAUCCAAAUCUUGUUUUGCCUGUUUCUUACCUGUGUCUCGUACAUCAGCAAAAGGCAGGCAGCAGCCAGCUCAGCCAGCAUUAGAAUGAACAACAAUAUAAAGAACUAAAGCAAACAAAUGGAGAUAACGAGUUUCAUUAAAAGAACCUUAAAAGUUCAACUUAGUGGACAACAGAGAACAUGCAAGUGUAAGUGAUGGACGCUGACAUGUUCUGCAUGAGACUCACAGAUAUAAGCAGGCAACGAUUUUCCUUCAGGGCUCCGAGAAAGCCCAAAAAGGAGACACACGUGAUGAUGAUUCCAGUGAUGAAAAGAGUGUUUGCGAUGUUCAUAGCCUGAAGACUGGGGAGUAGGGAAGAGAACCUGGAGAAUGUCAUCAAAUAAAUGCCCAAUCCAAAGACGGAAGCCCCGCAGAU